CGCAUUUGUUAAAAGAAACCGAAGCGACUUUUGAGCGGGCAGAGCCAAGACGAGUGCUCUCAAGUGCGCACAUCGAGCACGGCAAAUAUCGGCAAGUGUUUAAAAAAGUUGUGAAAUCAAUCAAGAGCUUUCAAAAGCACAAUGGGGUCGUUUACGGUGGUGAGUUGGUUACUCGCCACUGUUUUGGUCAUCGCCUCAGCAUCAGCCGUCACUGAUGAUCCAAUCGCGUCUAGUGAACUGGAGAACGUGAUCAAAAGUGACGAGCUCGCUCUGUCCCUGAAACACAUAAAAGCUAAGAAACGACAUCGUGGAACGGAAACCCUUCUUGCGGUUGACUUCGAUCAUGAAAACCACAAUAGGUUUGCCAUCCUGUUGGAUCGUCAUCAUAAACGAGUCAUCAUUGAAACCGUUGAAGACAACAGACCCAGGGCGCAGCAUUUCACUGUUGAUACGUUGAAUGAUGAUACUGUGAUUAAAUCACUUCUAUUGGCUAUCAAUCAGGAUAAACCAGACGCCAGUGCCACUUUAGUUCUUGAUUGUAUCAACUAUGGACGUGUGGCUAUGCCGAAAACUAUGCGUGAGAUGUAUAUUCAAAUGGAGAAUCCACAUCUCACCCUUCUUCGUGAGAAGAAGUAUCCAGUCGAGAUUGAAGGUAGUGAUGGUUUACGUAAACUUCUUAUCCGUAACAACUGUCCAACGGUUCCAUCAUCAAAACAUCUUUUCAAAAGCUUUCCACAAUUUGAUGAUUUUGGUGAUCAUGAUCCUAAUGUACAGGGAUACGAACCUGACAGGGGUGAUAUUCCAUCUUUACACACUCCUGAUGAAGGUGCCAUUUUGAAGGCUUUAAACGACUUGAUUCAAACCGUUAAUCAACUCAAUCGUAUAGUUAAUGACCAACACAAUACUAUUGAUAACAUGCGAAGAACACUUGAAGACUGUGAAGUGUGCAAACCCCGCCCACCAGAGAUCAUUCGUCCCUCGUGUGCGACCCAUCCACCAACUUGUUUUCCAGGGGUGCAAUGCCACGACACAGGCACUGGUCCAACUUGUGGACCUUGCCCUCGAGGAUACAUUGGUAAUGGUUACGUUUGUCAACCUGGUAAGAUGUGUGCAGAUCGUCCUUGCUAUCCUGGAGUUUCCUGCGAGGAUACCCCCCAUGGAGCACGCUGCGGACCUUGCCCACAUGGAUACGACGGCAAUGGUGAACAGUGCCGUAAACGGUCCGGCUGCGAGUACAGCCCAUGUCAUCCGGGUGUACGAUGUAUUCCAACCGAUGUGCCGCCAUUUUAUUACUGCGAAGGUUGUCCAGCAGGGUCAACCGGAAACGGCACUGCUUGCUAUGACAUCGAUGAAUGUGACUUGGCCAGACCAUGUGAUCCAAUGGUAGAAUGUACUAAUCUCCGACCUGGAUAUCGUUGUGGUCCAUGUCCGCACGGGUUCACCGGAAGUUCAGGAACACAAGGCAUUGGAAUGGAAGAAGCUUCACACAAUCGCCAGCGUUGUUAUGAUAUAGAUGAAUGCCUCGACAACAAUGGUGGUUGUGUCCCGCAUUCUGUUUGUACCAAUGUAGAAGGUUCGCAUAUUUGUGGUGGAUGUGUACAUGGCUAUGUUGGCAAUCAAACCAGUGGUUGCCGCAGAGGAGAAGGUUUAUGCCCGGAUGGCACUCAGUGUCAUAGAAAUGCGGAAUGUGCACAUAUAGGCCAAGGAAGGUAUAGUUGUAAAUGUAAAGUGGGUUGGGCAGGAGAUGGUUCCAUUUGCGCACCGGAUCAAGAUCUGGACGGUUGGCCAGAUUUUGAUCUUCAAUGUUCACAUCCCAGAUGUAGAAAGGAUAAUUGUCCAACUACGCCUAACUCAGGACAAGAGGAUGCCGAUGGAGAUGGGGAAGGUGACGCGUGUGAUCCUGAUGCCGACAAUGACGGUAUCCUAAAUAACCCUGAUAAUUGUCCAUUGGUCUAUAAUCCCAAUCAAGAGGAUACCGAUGAAGGGGGUGGUGACAAAGCUGGUGAUGCAUGUGAUAACUGCCCUACGGUGCCAAAUCUAGAUCAAGAUGAUUUAGAUAAAGAUGGAAUAGGUGAUGCGUGUGAUGAUGACAUUGAUAACGACGGUAUUCUUAACUACAACGAUAAUUGCAAAAGAAAGUCAAAUCCAGAUCAAAGAGAUACCGAUGGUGAUGGAAUUGGUGACGUUUGUGAUAACUGUCCAAAAGUUCACAACCCUCAUCAAGAAGAUUCAGACAACAAUUUAAUUGGUGAUAAGUGUGAUAAUAUAGCUGAUGUUGAUCAUGACGGUAUACCAGAUCAACAUGAUAAUUGUCGCAGAGUACCAAAUAGUGACCAACUAGAUACUGACCAUGAUGGUAAAGGUGAUGCUUGUGACACUGAUGCAGAUGGUGAUGGAAUUGUUAAUCUUUCCGACAACUGUCCACUUGCGGCAAAUCCAUACCAGGAAGACGCAAAUCAGAACGGCGUUGGUGACAUCUGCGAAUCUGAUUGGGAUCUGGAUGAUGUUCCUAAUGACAUUGACAAUUGUCCAAACAACUCACAGAUUUACUCAACAGAUUUUAGCACGUACCAAACGGUGGUUCUUGAUCCCGAAGGUGAUUCUCAAGUUGAUCCUAACUGGGUAAUUUACAAUAAAGGUGCUGAGAUUGUACAAACAAUGAAUAGUGAUCCAGGACUUGCCGUGGGAUAUGACUCCUUCGGAGGUGUUGAUUUUGAAGGUACAUUCUUUAUAGGAACGGAAACAGAUGAUGAUUAUGCUGGUUUUAUCUUUUCUUAUCAAAAUAACCGUAAAUUCUACACGGUAAUGUGGAAAAAGAACCCGCAGACUUAUUGGCAGAGCACACCAUUCCGAGCUGUAGCCGAACCAGGUAUUCAACUAAAAUUAGUUGAUUCCGACACUGGACCAGGUCAACUAUUGCGUAACUCUUUGUGGCACACCGGCAAUACUGAUCGUCAAGUGAAACUACUAUGGAAAGAUCCCAGAAAUGAGGGUUGGAGAGAAAAGACCGCUUAUAGGUGGUUACUACUCCACAGGCCCAAAAUUGGUUUGAUCCGAUUGAGAAUCUUUGAAGGUGAGAAGAUGGUAGCCGACAGUGGAAACAUCUACGAUACUACUCUCAAAGGUGGUCGUCUUGGAGUGUUCUGUUUCUCACAGGAAAUGAUUAUUUGGUCAGAUUUGGUCUACAGGUGUAACGACGAUGUCCCUGAAGCUAUCUACAGAGAGCUCCCCGAAAGACUACGAAAACAAGUGCAUAUCGAUCGCAGGACUGCACAACGCACGUAAAACAAAAUGUUAAUUAAGUUUGAUUACUGAUAAAGUACUAAUUACCUCAAUCGCAUGUAGUAAUGAAACAUAUUUAAUUUAAAAUUUCUAUAGUUACUUGUGUAUCUACUAGUUAAUCAAUUCAAAUUUCGAUGAUGAUUGUGUAUUUAUUAACCAAUUAAUAAGACUUGCUCAUAGGUUCAUAAAUUGUAUACGUAAUUGUUUGGCUAUUGAUUAAUUAUUAAUUAAUUGUAUAAAUAAAUAAAGCGCAUUUAGAUUUA